CCGAAUCGCUCUCACGGGAUACCUUUUACCAUCAAGAGUAACAUCUCCUGCAAAUCCAACAGUAACGACCUUCAACGACAGUUAACGACUCAUCAACAACAUCCAACGUCUACGAGAUGUCCACAUCUUCAUCGCUAUCAGCAUCAAUGGAUCCAGUAUCGAUCCUAACUUUACUUGUAUCACCCUCCUACCUCCUCGCAUACACCCUACCGUUGCUCUUCCUGUCCUUAAUCUUGACUUUCGCUGGAGCGUUUCUGACGCUGGACCGAACACGGUUUUUCAAACAGAAGGAUACCUAUGUUGAUGUGGAUAUGCCUGGAGGAAUGGGGUCGACGAGAGGAAGAUUUGAGAGGUGGUUCAAGAUGCAAGGCGGGCUGGGAGGUCUUAUUGGCGGAUGGUCAUUUGGAUUUCAUCUCGUAACCUUCAUGGCCCUUGUCAUCCCCUCUCUCCCAGAUUCCAAGAUAUCGAAACCAUUAUCACCAGCAUCAUUCCUCGCUGUAUAUCUGCUCACAUCCCUAGUUACCGCCUUCUUAGGCGGUCGUUUCAAAUACGCUGCUCUCGCCAUGGCUGGCCUUACGGGCGGCCUCACCUUUGCCCUCGUUCUUAGCGUCAUAACUCACCCAACGCUCCUCACCCGUCAAGUCCUCCUCGCAAUCGCCACUCCCAUUCUCCUCCUCUUCACUUUACUACCCUUAGUGAAAUUCCAACAUGGAGCAUUGCGAUUCGCAUUGUCCUCAACCGGUGCCUUCGGAUUGGUUACCUCGUUUGCGCUCCUUGCAUCAUUGAAGGGAGGAGAACUUGAAGUUCAAGCCGGGGUCUGGUGGAGCCAUCUGUUUGUCAAGGAUGGCUUUGGAUGGAAUACCGCGAAGGAGAAGGGAUUGUGUGCGGGGUACUGUUUGUUUUUACUCGUGGGAUCGGUGACUGAUUGGGCGUUGAGGAGGAGGUUUGGAGAGUGUCCCGAUGAGAAAUGGGAUUCAUACCUUGCAUCCUUUACCACCUCUGGAAACCUCCCCGACCGUGCAGGCACCUACACACCGUUCAAAUCUAUCUGGGACCGUCUCACGAAAAGUCAUGCCACCGAGAAGGAUCCGAUAAUCUUCCCCGAUGACAGUAAAGGCCGCUCUUCACCUUUACCCCUUUACGAAUAUCCCACCGCUUUGAAGGACGGAGGCCAGCUCAAGAAGCCUAGAGAAAAGCGUAGAUCCAUGAGGCAGGGCACAAGGAGGAACAGAGAAACCGUUAAAUUCCGUCCAUUAAGCGAUGCCGACGGUUCUUCUGACAAUGAUGGGGACGAGUUAUGGGAUAAAGAGAAGGUUACAGCUCACAGACCAUGGCUCCGCCACGCAUCUUCUACUGCGUCAUCCACUCCUACCUUGGUCGGAGAAGAGUCCUUUGGUGGUGUUGCAGGGUUCAAGACGAAGAAGAUCUACGAUCUGGAUCCUUCAAAGAGAGGUCAACUGAGGAAACCUCCCCCGAUAACUUUGAUGACACCACCCAAGAUGACCCCCGAGUAUGAAAUUGACUAUGAUAAGGAGAUACGACAGUUAAGGGAGAAGAAGGUGAAAGGGAUGGGUGAGGGUGAGGUACCAGAAUAUUCGGAUCAUUCGGAUUUCGAGGAUGAUAUCACAGCGAUUAAGGAGAAGGGGAGGGGGAAGCGGGUUUCAGAUUCGUUUGAUAGGACACGGAAGAUGUCUUUGGCUGCUUCUUCGAAUUCGUCUGGGUCGACGGUUGUUGAACAUUCGCCACGGCCACCGUCGUUGCCAGUUCCUGCUACGCCUUCGUUAAUCAAGGCGUUGGAUCGGGUUGCAAUGGCGCAAAAGGAUGCUUUUGCGGUUUCGGGGUUGCCGAGUGUAACUGAAGAAGAGAGGAAGGAGGGUAGAGGGCAGCGGUGGGAGGUGUUUUGGAAGGAGGUUCAGGAGAGGACUUCGAAAGAGGAUCUGAAGUAGUUGUGAGGCUGCGUCGGGUCCUUUCCCGUUUACUCUUUCUGUCUACUUCUUUGGGUCGUUGGUGUUGGUGCUCCUUAUCGUUGUUGGUGCUGCUGCUUCUAUGUUAUGAGUUGGACCUGGUGCCUAUUUUUUAAAUCCUUAUUUGUUUAUUUGAUGUCUGCUACGAUAUGUUGAUUAACGACUCUGACUCUUUUUGUUACGACUUGUAAUGAUGUUAUGGUUAGUUAGGUUAACUUAACUUAUCAGUUUAUCUAUUUCCUUCCGAUCCGGUUCUAGCAUGUUUCUGAAAAAGAUUGCUUGAACUGGUUUCCUGUGCCAA